UUCUCUAAAGAAAUUCUCCUGCAGACUAGACAUCCCUUGUGGCCCCCACUGUGUUCCCCCUAAUAUAUUAUGAAUAUUUUUAUAUAUACAGGAAAGUUAAAGAAAUUGCACACUGAACAUCCAUAUAUCUACUAACUUUACAAUUCAUAUUAUGUUGUAUUUGAUCAUAUGUCUAUCCAUUCCUCCAUACUUCCAUUUACCUCACUGUUUGGACCAAGGUGUUUUUGAGCCAAUCAAAGCCCUCACACCCCUGAAAGUCCAGCCAACUCGUUACAACUGCACACCGAAGCAUCUUCUCUCCAUUGGUUCAAGCUCAGCCUAGAGCUCAGUAACAAGGGAGCUGUAGAUACCAGGGCUUGCCCAUGGCAGUCUGAGGCUUGGAAGCAGUCAGCUUUACUGGUUGCUGCCCUUCUACCUGCAACUUCAGUCCAGAGGCUUCCAGUCAAUGAGGGCUACACUUAUCAAUAAUGUGGGGCCCAGAGCCAGCCAGGGUUUGGGUCCCACCCCAUUUCAUGCUGGUGGGAGCAUCAGCAUCUCUGAGCAAACCUCUGACUCCUGUUCCAAAGUGAUGAGGAAUCCUUGAGAUAAUGUCUGUUAGGAUUUACAACCUCCAUCCAUGGCCUUCCACUGCAAAGCUGGCCACAUCUGGCUUCCACCAGCCUUAACACCCCUAUGCUCUGAGCAGCCUUCUUUGAGAGCCAAGUAUCCUUGAUAGCCCUGGGAAACUUCUUUGGUCCCAGUCCCCAGGCUGACACUUCAGUAGACCUAAUCAACCAUAUGUCUUUGGUACCCAGUGAUCAACAUUGGGGUGUGAGGUAGUUCAGAAAGCCAAUCAGAAACCAAGGCUUGGGGAGGUGGAGGUGAGAGCCUCACACCUGGGCUAUGCCUGAUAAUUCCAAGGACUUUGGCCUACUCCCAGGUGGGUAUGGGAGUGGGACGAGACCACACAGCUGGCCUGGUCUCAGGCCCAAGGCUUAGGCCCAAGGACAAAGAUACACAUAAAUAAAGCCAGGCUGUUCUCAACUCUGUUCACAUCUUCCACAAUGCUACUACUCAGCCUAACCCUUAGCCUGGUCCUCCUUGGCUCCUCCUGGGGUGAGUGGGCUGGGAUCAAUCAUGACUGAACAACCAAAGGCAACUUAGUUCCCAGCUCAUCCAGAGGCCUAGAGAAGGAACCAGCCUCAUCAGAAGGGAUGUGUGGACAAAGGAAAAUUGAUGUACCAAGGCAGAAGGUGUGAGCCUGCAGGGCUGGAAGUGAGGAAAGAUGAAUAUAGGGACAGGUCUCACAAAUAAGACAGGAACCUGAGCUAGACCUGAGAGAGCUUAGGAAGCCAUAAAAGUGGUAUGUGGCAAAGCCUAGUCUAGGUGGAGCCCUCUGGGUGCAUGAAAGGUAUUAACUGCUCAGGCCUUGAAUGGGCAAAGGACUAAGGAGGAGAUGAUAACAGCAAUCAGGGAGAAAAGUGGUCUAAGGAACACUGUCGGGUAGAUGUUAAGGAGUGGACAGGAUUUGGGGGGUGGUUGGGUGAGGGUAAUAGAGAUAGCUCUGUAGGCCCAAAAGGCACUCAAAGGGAAGGGUUACUAGCUCUGUUGAUUUUGACCCCUCUGGGAUGUACAGCUUUGGAGCACCUGGGGAAAAGAUGUGGGGAGAGGUGGGCUGGGAUGUGGAGCCUCACCAGUCCUAUGUCCAGGCUGUGGUGUUCCUACCAUCUCACCUUCACUGAGCUACAGCCAGAGGAUUGUCAAUGGGGAGAACGCAGUGCCAGGCUCCUGGCCCUGGCAGGUGUCCCUGCAGGAUAGAAAUGGCUUCCACUUCUGUGGUGGUUCUCUCAUCAGCCAGUACUGGGUGGUCACUGCUGCCCACUGCGAUGUCAGUCCUGGCAGUAACUUUGUCGUCUUGGGAGAAUACGACCGAUCGUCCAAUGCUGAGCCUGUGCAGGUGCUAUCCAUCUCAAAGCUCCUUCCUGGUCCCACAGGCCAUUACACACCCCAACUGGAACCCCACCACUCUGAACAAUGACAUGACCCUCCUGAAGCUUGCCUCACCAGCCAGGUACACAGCACAAAUCUCACCAGUCUGUCUGGCUUCUUCAAAUGAGGCUCUGCCUCAAGGUCUCACAUGUGUCACCACUGGCUGGGGCCGCAUCAGUGGCGUGGGCAACGUGACACCAGCACGUCUCCAGCAGGUAGUUUUACCCCUGGUCACAGUGAAUCAGUGCCGGCAGUACUGGGGUUCAAGUAUCACUGACUCCAUGAUCUGUGCAGGUGGCUCAGGUGCCUCCUCGUGCCAGGGUGACUCAGGAGGCCCUCUUGUCUGCCAGAAAGGAAACACAUGGGUGCUUAUUGGUGUUGUCUCCUGGGGCACUAGUAACUGCAAUGUGCAAGCACCAGCUGUGUACACCCGGGUUAGCAAGUUCAACACCUGGAUCAACCAGGUCAUAGCCUACAACUAAGCUCUCCACAGACCACUUCCCCAUCUCGACUCAAUAAAGACACCAGGCUCUCUU